AUGGCGCUGGUUGCGGCUGCAGCCACGGGCGACAUGCGCCUCGUUCGCCGCACACUCUCUAGUGACUGCGACCUAAAUGCACUAAACAGCGAAGGGGACUCGGCUCUGAUGGUUGCAGCGAAGAGGAACCACGUGGAAGUGAUGACGCUGUUGUUGGUUAGUGGCGUCGACGUGGACUUGAGACGCUCCGACGGCUCCACGGCGCUGCACUUGGCGAUUGCCAGUCAGCACGCUCGCGCUGCUAAACUAUUGCUAGACUUUGACGCUGACGCAGCCGUCGCUACGAAUGCCGGCGUCACACCGCUACUAUUGGCCGCGGAAAAUGGUCUCUCGAAAUUGAUCAAACUGCUGGUCAAAGUAGCGCCGCAGUCUGUGCGUACUGCGUCGAAGGACGGCUCCAAUGUGCUUUCUUUUGCAGCUCAAGCGGGUCAAGUUGAAACUGUUAAGAUGUUUCUAGACGCAGGGGUGCCGGUGGAUCUGAGUAAUGGAGUAGGGCGAACUCCUCUAAUGUAUGCAGCUGGGAAAGACCGAGUGGACGUGUUGAAGCUAUUGCUAGCAAAGGGAGCGGUGCCAAACUAG